ACAAAUGAACGACAUAGCAUUUUCCUCCAGCAGCUCUGAAGUAGAUAGCAUGUCUCUGUCACAUUGUUUUUCGAUUUGAAAUUAGAGAAGAUGGCAUUUCCCUCUCCGCCUUCAAUCUGCAGAUUUACAAUUCCACAGAAUGCCACAGCUCAACCAAUUUGAUAAACAAACCUUAAAGCCGACAAAACAAAUGAUAUAAGAAUCCCAACCAAACCAAACCCACCUGUUAUUAACAAACACCACUUAACAUCUACGAUGAAACGAAACCACAUUUCCCACCAUCAUCGGCCGCGCAAAUGGGUAAUGGUCAUCCCCACCGUCGCAAUAUCCAUCGUGCUGUUCACGCUCCUCCUUCCCCGCACCAAACCCUCUUCUUCUGCUUCUUCUUCUUCAUCUUCUUCUUUUUCUUCUUCUUCUUCUUCUUCUUCUUCUUUCAAUUUGACAACCCAUUUGGGUUUUCCAAAACUGCCCAGAUUGGCGUACUUGUUGACAGGAACAAAAGGGGAGGGAGCACAGCUUAAGAGGGUUCUUCAGGCAACGUACCAUCCCAGGAACUACUACCUGCUCCAUCUUGAUCUAGAAGCUUCCGACGCAGAGAGGCUUGAGCUUGCCAAAUACGUCAAGGCUGAAACUGCUUUUGCGGCGUUUGGGAACGUCAUGGUUGUGGGUAAGGCUGAUUUGGUAACUUACAAGGGCCCCACUAUGAUCGCUUCUACCCUUCAUGGAAUUGCCUUAUUGCUCAAGAGGGUUAAGGACUGGGACUGGUUUCUCAACCUCAGUGCCUCCGAUUAUCCCCUCCUCUCCCAGGACGAUCUCUUGCACAUCUUUUCAUUCUUGCCCAGGGAUAUAAAUUUCAUCGAGCAUACAAGUAAUAUUGGUUGGAAAGAAUAUCAAAGAGCUAGGCCUAUCAUUAUAGAUCCAGGCUUAUAUCAUUCAAAGAAAUCUGGUGUUUACUGGGCUAAAGAGAAGAGAUCUGUUCCGUCUUCAUUCAAGUUAUUCACAGGCUCUGAAUGGGUUGUCCUGACAAAAUCGUUUCUUGAAUUUUGUGUUUGGGGUUGGGAUAAUCUUCCACGCACUCUCCUUAUGUAUUACACAAAUUUUCUUUCAUCCCCGGAGGGCUACUUCCAUACGGUCAUUUGCAAUCACAAGGACUAUCAAAACACGACUAUCAAUCAUGAUUUACGUUAUAUAAGGUGGGACAACCCACCAAAGCAGCAUCCAGUGUCAUUGAAAUUGGAGCAUUUUGAUGACAUGAUCCAAAGUGGUGCACCUUUUGCUCGAAAGUUUGCAAAGGAUGACCCAGUUCUCAACAAAAUUGACAAAGAGCUCCUGCGAAGAUCAGAUGGUCACUUUACACCUGGGGGUUGGUGUGUAGGCAAUCCUCUUUUGGGAAAAGACCCCUGUGCAGUUUAUGGAAAUCCAAUUGUUGUUAAACCUACUUUAAGAUCAAAGAAGCUAGAGAAACUAAUACUGAAACUAUUAGAUUCUGAAAAAUUUAGGCCGAAACAGUGUAAAUAGUAGUCCUGUUACUGCAACGUGAAAUCUAUAUCAUCCAAGUUUUAUUGGUAUUUUUUCAUCUGUUCAAAUUUAACAUUUUAAAUUGCUAUGAA